CAUUACACCUGAGGAAACUCAACACUGCUUGUUUCAAACGACACGUCUGCUGAUGGAUGGAGAGAUUAGGCCCAACAUUUCCUGCUUCGUUUUCAGUUUAAACCGCAUGCUAGGAACUCGGAAGAAGUUCCGCUUUAGCUUACAAUGCUACAACGUUCGAAUCCACGGGUCGUAUGUGUCAUAGCAUUUUGUAUUUUCGGGUCGUUGCUGUUUUUCCGCAGAAAAUGCUGCGAAUAGCGUCGCUGGCUGCAGCUUAGGUAGCUCCGCCCUUGCACUACUGCAGUUCUCCCUAGGAACGCCUUGGAGCGUUUGCUUAGGUUUUGCCAGCCAAAUUAACAAACAUAGCUUUAAACAACAUUCUUCUAGAGUUCUUUUUUGAAGUCAGAGCAUCGUCUAACAUGGAUUAAAAAGCAAUUCGGGCACGCACGCACUUGCUCAAGAUCCCGCCAUGAUUUGGACGGUACCGAGACGUUUACUCCCGACAGCCCGGUGCUGGGAUGCCGACAGUGAGCGGUCCUACCAGGACCUUUUUGAGAGGCUCGAUGCAAAUAAAGACGGAAAGGUGGAUGUCGCCGAACUGCGAGCGGGCCUCAAGGCGAUGGGAGUGUUCCGACAUGGUGCGGCUCAGAAAAUUGUGAUGAGCGGUGACCAGAACAAGGACGGCAGUUUGGACUUCCACGAGUUUACUAAAUACUUGAAGGAGCACGAGAAGAAACUGCGGCUGACGUUCAAGAGUCUGGACAGAAACAACGACGGGCGUAUUGAUGCCACUGAGAUUCAACAGUCCCUUUCAGAACUGGGCUUGGAGAUCAGCAAAGUGGAUGCCCUGAAAAUCCUGCAAAGCAUGGACAUUGACGGCACAAUGAUGGUGGACUGGAACGAGUGGCGGGAACACUUCCUGUUUCACCCCGCUCACAACCUCCAGGAGAUCAUACGCUACUGGAAACACUCUUCGGUGCUGGACAUCGGUGACAGCCUCGCCAUCCCUGACGAGUUCACCGAAGAAGAGAAGAGCUCUGGCGGCUGGUGGAAGCAACUGGUCGCGGGAGCCGUGGCGGGCUCAGUCUCUCGCACGGGAACGGCCCCUCUGGAUAGAUUGAAAGUUUUCAUGCAGGUUCACUCCAGUAAAACCAACAAAAUAAGCUUGGCAAAGGGUUUCAAGCAAAUGAUCGUAGAAGGAGGCAUAACGUCACUGUGGAGAGGCAACGGCAUCAAUGUUCUAAAGAUCGCACCUGAGACGGCCAUUAAAUUCAUGGCAUAUGAGCAGUUUAAGAAGUUGUUAUCAUCAGAAGGCGAAAAGAUUGAGACGCACAAAAGGUUUCUGUCUGGCUCUCUGGCUGGCGCGACUGCACAGACUGCCAUCUACCCUAUGGAGGUACUAAAGACGAGACUAACACUGAGAAAAACUGGCCAAUAUUCCGGAAUGUUUGACUGCGCCAAGACCAUCCUGAAAAAAGAGGGUGUCAAGGCCUUUUACAAGGGCUACAUUCCAAACUUACUUGGUAUUAUUCCAUACGCUGGGAUUGACCUCGCAGUGUAUGAGAGUCUCAAGAACACGUGGCUGUCGUACCACACCAAAGAUUCGGCUAAUCCGGGAGUUCUCGUGUUGCUGGGAUGCGGGACCAUAUCUAGUACCUGCGGAAUGCUGGCCAGCUAUCCACUUGCACUCGUUCGCACGCGCAUGCAAGCAAGAGCGUCCCAGAAUGCCUCAGACCAACCUACCAUGAGUUCCCUACUAAAGAAUAUCGCAGCCAAAGAUGGCUUUUUCGGACUCUACCGAGGAAUCCUACCCAACUUUAUGAAAGUCAUUCCGGCCGUCAGCAUCAGCUACGUCGUUUACGAGUACAUGAAGAUCGGUUUGGGAAUGAGCAAAUGACACUGCAAGCGAAGCAUGUGGACAAUGUAUCAAAAUGGACGUCCUGAGAUGACUGGCAUAGCGUGGCAUGACUUCCACCAGCUUACACUGGUCCCCUGCGGUCAGACAGAUGUGCUGUUUUGCACUAAGGAUGGUCUGUUAUUAACGCAAUUAUUUAUACUUCAAGCAUGCUUCUUUGUCUUCCUGCUGCUGAGAAAGACACUCCAAUGUACACGAUGUGCAUACAAUACUUGACUCCAGAAACUGAACUGUCCGUGAAUGCAAAUAUAAAACUGUGAAAUAAAAAAACAAACAGGUUGUCUUCA